CCCGGGAGAAUUACAGGAUGUAUUCCUGACAGGUGCACCUUCCCUUAAAUAGCAAAGCUGAGCAAUGGGUGGUAUAAAAGCCAGAGACAUGGUUUAGGUUUCAACAAGAAUCUUGCCAGCUUCAAGCAGAGGACAUCUGGGGCAGCAGCAUGGAGGAUGAUUUUUCUUGCCAAUUCAAAAAAGUGGCCUUGGCCAUGGGGGCAUCCCUGACGGACAAAGAUCUCGACCAGUUGCCCUCAGAAAUGAGGCACCACGCUUCGUUCAAUUAUACCAAAUUCUUUGAAUACAUGCGGAAGUUUCUGACAUCAGAGGAGAAGGAGGUUCACUUGCGAAAAGCCUUCAAAUUGCUUGACAAGGAUGACAGUGGUUUCAUUGAAUGGAAUGAGAUCAAGUACAUCCUAGCCGCAGUGCCCAGUAACGUGCCAAUUGUCCCCUUGUCAGACGAAGAAGCAGAAGCUGUGAUCCAGGCUGCAGACAAGGAUGGCGAUGGGAGGAUUGAUUUUCAAGAGUUUACUGAUAUGGUCACCAAGGAGAAGAUUCCAGAGAAAAAAUAGAGAAAAAUAAACCUACCUCUUACUUCUCUACUCAAAA